CUUUGGUAAUUCCUGGGACUGACAAAACCGUUGAAAAUGGUGGUUCUUGCGGCUUCUAUUAUAUCAAAGUCUGGAAAAGUACUUGCUUCAAGGCAAUUUGUUGAUAUGUCCCGGAUAAGGAUCGAGGGCCUGCUUGCAGCAUUUCCAAAGCUGGUUGGAACUGGAAAGCAACAUACUUAUGUGGAGACUGAAAAUGUUCGUUAUGUUUAUCAACCAAUUGAAGCGCUGUAUCUGCUACUCAUCACAAAUAAGCAGAGUAACAUUCUUGAAGAUCUGGAUACACUGAGGCUGCUCUCCAAACUUGUACCUGAAUACUCCCCUUCAUUGGAUGAAGAGGGUGUCUGCAAGGCAGCAUUUCAACUUAUAUUUGCUUUCGAUGAAGCCCUUUCUCUUGGAAACAAGGAAAAUAUAACUGUUGCACAAGUUAUACAAAAUUGCGAAAUGGAGAGCCAGGGAGAGAAGCUGCACAAGCUGAUGAUGCAAAGCAAGAUAAAUGAUACUAACGAGGUCAUGCGGAGGAAAGUAACUGAGAUUGAGAAAAUCAAGAUUGAGAGAAACAAGACUGAGAAUGAAAAAUCUGGUCCCAAGAGAACUCCAAACAACUUUAAUGACAUGAACAGGGAUCCAGUAUUUCAUGAUAUUGACCUGUUACCUAACAAGGCGAAAGAGCACCCAUCUGCUCCUUCUGAUGCUUUGAAAAAAGCGCCAGUUAAGGGAAUGGUGUUAAGUAAAGAACAGAAGAAGACAGAUCAGUUCAUAAAGUCUUUGGAAGCUGAAGGAGAAGUUAUUCUUGAGGAUACUCAACUAAGCGCAAUUCAGUCAAGGUCUUCAUCAUCUAUUCCACCAAGUGAUCCUAUCACAGUGACCAUUGAAGAGAAGCUCAAUGCCACUGUUAAAAUGGAUGGUGGAGUUAGUAAUUUUUAUAUUCAAGGAACUCUUGCUCUCCAAGUUCUUGAUGUUGUUGAUGGUUUUCUCCAGCUGCAGAUUGAGAAACAAGAUGUGCCUGGACUUACCUUCAAGACGCACCCUAAUAUUAACAAAGAGCUGUUCAACAGUCAGCACAUUGUUGGGGCAACAGAUCCAAACCGGCCUUUCCCCAGUGGUCAAAAUGAAACACAUCUGGUGAGGUGGAGAAUCGAGGGGUUGGGUGAAUCUUUUCUGCCAUUGACAGUCAAUUGCUGGCCUUCCGUGCAUGGAAAUACAGCCAAUGUUAACAUUGAUUAUGAAGCUUCGGAGAUGUUCGAUUUGCACAAUGUUGUCAUCUCUAUCCCUCUGCCUGCACUCAGGGAGGCUCCGAGUGUUAAACAUAUAGAUGGAGAAUGGAAGUAUGACCCGAGAAAGUCAGUUCUGGAAUGGUCUGUUAUUCUUAUUGAUCAAUCCAACCGAAGUGGUUCCAUGGAGUUUUCUGUUCCUGCAGCCGAUCCAUCAACAUUUUUCCCAAUCUCUGUUGGAUUUUCUGCAUUAAAUACAUUCAGUAGUUUGAAGGUUACUGCCGUUCGUCCAUUGGGGGAAGGUAGCUCAAAAUAUUCCCAGCGGGUUCGACUGGUCACUGACAAAUAUGAAGUAGUUUGACGUCCCACUGAAGUUUUUUUCUGGUCAAAUGAUAGCACAUUGGAAGUACAUAGGGUUUUUGUUUUUCUCGUGACUCGUGGGGCCAUUGCACAUGGAUAAAAAUUUAGUACAGACAAUACCUUACCUUUUUGUAAUUUAUUAUAUUUUGAAGUGUUGAACGAAA